UACAUUUGUGAGAAGCACUUCCGUGGUGGCGGUGACGGACGGAGUAUGUUCACGGGUCUCAAUGCUGCCAAUCACUUCGGUCGCCCAAACUUUGAUGCAUUUUUCAGAUUUGUGCAAAGCAGACAUAAAGAUGUUAGUUUAGUAACUGCUACUUAUUCUUUUUUAUAUCUAAACGUCUAUAGCAAGCUCAGUAAUUACUCACAGCUUAUGGAGGCAAAUUAUCUGCAGAUUCGUGAGAUUGGCGUGUUCAGCUGCGGUCCGAAUUCGAUCAACAAGGAGGUUCGCAGAUCCUGUACAGCAGCAAAUCGAAUCCGAAAUGCACCAUCAUUUUACCAUCGUUUUGAAACUUUUUAA